AUGUCUGACAAGGACAAGGAACCCCAGAAGAUCAAAAUGGCAGGAAAGGAAAUAGGUGGCCGGCUGGGGGUUUCGGGCCCAGAGGGUGAAGUGAGCGAUAUGACUUAUCUUAUUGAUCCCAAGACUAUCGACAGGGCCGAGCUGACACUGGCAAGGGACACCAAGGCUACGGCUGAGCAUGCUUUCCUGCCCAAACUCACUGGCUGGGAACUCUACAAGUCGAUCGGAUCACCAAAGUACAUUGUCGCACCCAUGGUCGACCAGUCUGGGCUAGCCUGGAGGGUCCUCAGUCGACGGUACAAUGCAGAUCUGUUCUACGCUCCCCAUGUUCAACGCCAAGCUGCUUGCCAAGGAUUCAAAUUUUGUGCAAACGACCCAGAGUAUUUGCUGCAGGCUACGCUCAUGGUUGGGCCGUACUGCGACGCCGUCGAUAUCAACCUCGGAUGCCCCCAGCACAUUGCCCGGCGAGGACACUAUGGCUCUCCUCUCAUGGAAGACUGGCCCUUGAUCUCGUCUCUCAUCUCUACACUGCAUAAACACCUUCCCACCCCCGUCACUGCCAAGAUUCGAGUCUUACCCGAGGUCGAAAAGACAACCAAAUACGUGCGAAAAAGGUUGUUGAGCCUGGCGCGCAGCUCUUGGUCGUUCAUGGCCGACUCCGGGAGAUGA